UUUUUUUAAUUAAAUUAUUUUCUUUUGAAAGAUAUUUUAUAGUUUUAAUGUCUGAAGAAAUUCAGAAAGCAAUCCAAGUUUUGGAAAAUGAGUACAAAACGAGGAAGGAAGCUUUUGACAAAUGGAGAGAGGAGCAUGCUGCUCUAUCGGACCACAAAGAAUUUGGCAUUUAUGUUGAUCAAUUCCGUAAUUGGGAGCGUACAGUUUUAGAAAAUAUGAAUAAUUUAAAAACAGCCCUAAAUAAAAGUAAAUCUAUUGCAAAACCAUCAGAAUUACCGACUGUUGAUUUGGACACCCAAUUGGAAAAUGUUUUGAAAGAAGUUUCUUUGCCUCAAUUCGUGCUUGCUUUUAUGACAAUGGCGCAGAAAGACCCUUCUUUUUUGAAAAAAGCUUUUGAGGUAGUAAUUGAAGAAAGUAGAAGUACUGGGUUUUCAAAUCCAAUUUUGCCUCAGAAUGCUGUUAUUUCAAGUCGAUCAACGCCUUCUUUUGGUGGUUAUCAUCAACCUUCCCCAUUAGCCUCAGCUAGCGCCUCAGUUCAUUCAUCCGUUUCGAAUAAUUCUUCUGGAAUUUAUCUUCCACCAACACCCCAACAACAACAACAGCCUCCUCAACUUGUUGUCCUUUCUUCUGCUCGUUAUGGAGUAAGCGGGACACCUCCAACAAGUUCUUUGGCAACAAGUGGAUAUAGUAGCAACACACAAAUGUCUAAUUAUGGAUUUCUUCCAGAGGGAUGGCGAGUUGACCCUGCUAUUCGCAAACAGCCGAAAACCGCUUCACCAAUCAGAGAAUACAGAUCACCUAUAAAUUUGCCUUUCAAAGAUUUUAGUCAAAAUUGA